AUGCCCGCCUAUCUCAUCGACCCGAAGAUUGUGGACCUCAACAACCUAAAUUAUGACAGCUGGUCCGUCAUCGCAUACCAGCGGACAACCGUCAUAAUCACGGAAUUGGUUCUGGCAACUGCUCUUUUACGGUUUAUACCAGGCUCGGUCGAUCCUUCCAUUCAGCGCAUUAUCUCGGCGGCUCUCUUUCUACACCCGGGAUUCCUCAUCGUGGACCACAUCCACUUUCAGUACAAUGGAUUCAUGUUUGGCAUCCUGCUAUGGUCGAUCUUGAUGGCUCGGAACGGUAACAAACUCGCUUCCGGCAUCCUCUUUGCCAUCCUUCUCAACUUUAAACACAUCUACAUGUAUCUCGCGCCAGCCUAUUUCAUUUACCUCCUCCGGUCAUAUUGCCUGACACCUGCCGGCCAAGUAGAGAUCAAGAAUUUCCUCUCGCUGGCAAAUGCGGUCAUAGCCGUCUUCAUCUCGUCCCUCGGUCCUUUUGUGCUUAUGGGUCAAAUUCCGCAACUCUUGUCCCGAUUGUUCCCCUUUACCCGCGGUCUGAAUCAUGCGUAUUGGGCCCCGAACUUUUGGGCGCUGGUCACCGCACUGGAUCGCGUUCUGCUGCGAUACAUUCAAUUCACAGGCGCUUCUAUCCCAGUAGACGCUGCUGGAGUCGCUUCUUCCUCGAGAGGUCUCGUCGGCGAUACCGUCUUCGCGGUCUUGCCGCAGAUCAAGCCCAUCCACACUUUCAUCAUCACCAUUGCGUGGCAAGUGGUCAUUCUGAUCAAGCUGUGGUCAAAUCCGUCGUACAAGUCUUUCCUGACUUCCUUGACCUUAAGCGGCUGGGCUUCUUUCCUUUUCGGUUGGCACGUUCACGAGAAAGCCGUCCUUCUGAUUCUCGUCCCGUUGAGUUUGCUAGCGGCUGAGAGACAUGCAUACUUUCGAACUUUCCUUCUCGCAAGCGUUUCAGGUAUUUUCGCGCUCUUCCCACUGUUGUUCACUCCCACAGAGUCCGUCAUCAAAGUCGUCUACUCGGCGAUCUGGGUUGCAUUCGUGUAUGGUGCUCUUAGCCGCCGGGUUUAUGAAUAUCCCAAAUCGCCGAUUUACGUGGUGAUGGAUAGUGUGGAAAAGCUCUACCUUGCUGGAUUCCCCUUUUUGCUUGGUUUUGUGACCUUGGUAUCUUUGAGAAACCAGAAGAUAUCGUCAGCGUCAUCCGACAGUACCCCUGCCUACACUGUCAUGGAGUUCCUGCCACUGAUGGUGACGAGUGUGUAUUGUGCGAUUGGGAUGGUAUGGUCAUUCCUGAGGCUCGGAUUUAUCUACCUCUUUGAAGAAUCCACGUAUCAAGGACAACUGAGUGCAGUGGGCUAG